AUGCCCCGUCCCCGGGCUCCCCCACCUCUAACGCGGGGGACUCAGCCUGCGGCGGGGCAGGGCCCUGGCGCGGGCGCCCCCCUCGGCCCGGCACUCCUUCUCCGCCCCGCCCCCGAGCAGCCCCGCCCCGCGGGCUCGCCAUUCCCGGGCAGGCCCGGCCCUCCGUUUCCGCUGGCGGCGGCGGUGCCGGAGCGCGAGCGGCGCGGGGACCCCCAAGUCCUGCGGGCGCGGAAUAUCCUGGAACCUUCUUUUAUUUGUCAGCAGCCAUCGUGUUUUCAGGAAGUUCAGAGAGAACAGAAUUUAAGAAGUGCAACAUGGCCAGGGGCUGCCUCUGCUGCUUGAAGUACAUGAUGUUCCUCUUCAAUUUGAUAUUCUGGCUCUGUGGCUGUGGGCUGCUUGGAGUAGGCAUCUGGCUCUCCGUGUCCCAAGGCAACUUUGCCACCUUCUCCCCCAGCUUCCCCUCGCUGUCUGCAGCCAACCUGGUCAUCGCCAUAGGCACCAUUGUCAUGGUGACGGGCUUCCUCGGCUGCCUGGGGGCCAUCAAGGAAAACAAGUGCCUCCUCCUCAGUUUUUUCAUCGUCCUGUUGGCCAUCCUCCUAGCAGAGCUGAUCUUACUCAUCCUCUUCUUUGUCUACAUGGACAAGGUGAACGAGAACGCCAAGAAGGACCUGAAGGAAGGCCUGCUGCUGUACCACAACGAGAACAAUGUGGGGCUGAAGAACGCCUGGAACAUCAUCCAGGCCGAGAUGCGAUGCUGCGGUGUCACCGACUACACUGACUGGUACCCAGUGCUGGGGGAGAACACGGUCCCUGACCGCUGCUGCAUGGAGAACUCCCAGGGCUGCGGGCGCAACGCCACCACCCCUGUGUGGAGAACGGGCUGCUAUGAGAAGGUGAAGUUGUGGUUCCAUGACAAUAAGCACGUGCUGGGCACGGUGGGGAUGUGCAUCCUCAUCAUGCAGAUUCUGGGCAUGGCCUUCUCCAUGACCCUCUUCCAGCACAUCCACCGGACUGGUAAGAAGUAUGACGCGUGAGCGGGCUGGCCGGGAGUGCCCGCCCCACCCCGCUGCCCUGUGGAGGGAAGAGGAUUGAGCUUUGUGUCACCUGCCUGCACUCUCCAGACGUGACCUCUGCACCCACCCACCCCAGCCUGCCCCACCCCACCUGCCCUGCCUCAGCCUCGGACUUCUCGGUGGGUGGAGUGCCAGGGAGGAGGAGGCACACAGAGACCUGGGGCUUGGGGCACCUGGAUUCCUGCAUCUGCAUAUGCCUAUUUGCCAAAGACGACAGGGUGGGCUGGGGUGCUCUCAGGAGGAACCCUCCCCGGCACUGAUGGGCUUCUGCCCCUGCCCUUCCUCACACUGACACUUUGUCCCCACAUGCCGUGGGGAGCAGAGUGCCCCCCUCCAUGGAGAUACUGUCCCAGCGGGGGCUGCUGCGUCCGUGGUCACCACAGGGCACUUGGCGGGGUGGGGGUCUGCCGGCCUCUGGCCAAGGCCCCUGGAGCAUCUCGCCCAGGCUUUUUAUACCUUACAAUGUAACUUUUUUAUUUUAUUUUACUCUACGAUUAUUCAGGAAUAUUAUCUCUCAGAUAAGUUUAGGGUUAGAUUUCUGAUUUGUAACUUUUUACUGUGUUGAUUUCUUUAAUGGUUUGAAUUUUUUUUCCCCGAGGGUGAGGGAUGGGUGGGAAGAGAGGACAUCUGUCCAGUCUCAAUCAGGACACACCACCGUGUGACACCCAGGAGGCUCUCGGAUGGGGCGUGCCAGCGCCUUCAGAGCGUGUGGGAAGGAGGGGGUGUGGACGGGAUGCAGGACCUCACCAGGCCUGGUGUCCGAGGACGGGAGCCUGGAAGAGGCGGGUGGAGCAUGAAGCAGGCUCGAGGUGCCGCUGCACAGGGUGGCAUUUGCUCACUGAGUGAGCCAGGAAGGCCAGGGCAGGGGGUCCCAUGGCGCUGGGGAAACACUUAGCCAGGAAGGUGGCAGAGCUAGUGGGGUCCUUAGACUUUCCACUGAUGAGCAGUUUUUGGUGUUUUCUUUCUUUCUUCCUCUCGCUCUCUGCUGGCACGGGAGGCUUCCCCUUCCACCCCAUGUGGGUGUUCCCACAACAGGUUCUGCACACCCCAGUUAUUUCACAGACAUUCCUGCUAGAAACUCUCAGACAAAUACCUCUCUAGUUCAGAUGCUGCUCACUUUCUCUCUUGCUUCUGGAAGGGGAAGCGGUCCUUAGUUUUUGCUGUGCUGGGCAGUGGCAGAGGACCCGUGGGGUGGGGUUGGCGUCCCCAGUCAUCCCCAUCAGCUUUGCUCAGCUGCGGGUGGCCCUGCUGGGAAGGAGGGAAUCACGUCCACCUAGGUCCCAAGGUCUUUGCCUCCUUCCCUGGGCCCACUGACAUCAACAGUGAUGAUCACAUCCUCUGUGAUCCCAAGGAGAAGAAAUACAGAAAACCCAAGUGAGGUCAGACCGGUUCUUGUUACCAGAGCCACAGGAAGAAAGCAGCCGGAGUUACGGCAUGUGCAGAGCUGGGCGUGGGAGAUGAACAGACUGUGGAGUGAGGCAGGGAGUGGUAUUGAGCUGCAGCAGGGCGCCCCCUCAAAAUUGCAGCUGCUCUGGUUUACUGUUUUGCAGUUCAAAAAGAUGGAGAAUCCGUGGGACUGAGCGUGGGGACCUUCCCCAGUAGCCAGCAUCUGGUGCACUUUAUCAGGUGGGGCCUUGGUGGGCGGCUGCCUUUCCAAUGCAGUUUUUCUCACCACCCUGAUUUCCCAUGGGGCCAGGUCUCUUCUCCAGCCUCCACCUGCCUGUCUGCUCCAAGAGCUGAGACAUGGCCACCCAGCACCAGUCACUUCUCUGUUCCCCUUAGGUAACACACGCAGUGGGACCAGGGGGGCAGAACUGUUGGCGUGAUCAGGGUUUGUGUUUUGCGGGGGUGGGAGUGGAGAGGAGGGUGGUCCUGCAAGUCGUGCAGGGUAAAGACCGCUUCCCUGAGACGGGGCAGUGGUGCCGAUGGAACGUGGGGAGCCCACAUUUGAGCAGAGCUGCCCUUUCCUUGUCUUCUGGCCCGGCUUCCUGGUAAGGAGCUUCAGCUGCCUCCCCGGGAACAACCCCCAAAGUGUGGAUUGUGGAGCAGACACACCCCGGCGGAGAGACACUAAGCACACGAGUGUUCAGUUGCGCGGUGGGACCUGGGGCCUCGUGCUUGUUUUUGCUGUGGGUGGGGUGGGUGGGUUUGUUUAUGCCUAUCAAUGCAAUUUUUAAUUUUUGUUAAUAUCAACAGCAAAAGCCUAGUGCACUGGGAGAUGUGCAACCUCCCUGAAAAUCUUUUGUUUCUGGAGGGCUUCAGGGGUGGCCUCUGGCCCCAGAGCCUUUGCCACAGUGCUCCCACCAGCUCCCACCUCUUCUGUUUGCAGAGCCUGGUCUACAGGUCCCCACGCUGCCCUCUACACUCACUCUGUGCUCGGCUGUUUCAUUAUUUGGCUAAGUCUACAUUGGGCGGCAAUCUCUGUGCACGGAACGGGUGUUCCUCCAAGCCCCUUCUACUCGGAGGGCCACACCUAGCCAUGCCUGUGAAGGUGGCAGAGCCUCUCUUCAGUUUCUCCUGACUGUGAUCUCACUGGGGCAGAAUUCCCCUGAGAGAAUUCCCUCACUCGCGGCUUCCUUUGCCAGAGUUAGUUCGAUCGGGUCUGAAGUGAGCAAUUUACAGACGUGUCUCAGAAAGUCCCUCAGGGUUGGCCGAGGACUGCAGGGGAGCGUCUGCUGCAGUCUCAGCCUUUCUCUGCAGCCGUCUUGCAGCGGGGAUGAGCAGGCACAGGCUGAGAACUACCCUUGGGUGGCGGCAGCAGGUGUCGGGGUGCAAGUCUCCCCUGUACCCCUCCCCCAGCUUGAGCCGUGUCGCCCCCCUCUCCCUCCAGCAUGGACCUGCAUCUCGGGCUCUCUGGAAGGACGGCCCUGCCGCAGAUCCUCUUGCAGAUGUCCGGUUUGACUUGGAACUAGGUGGCCAUCUUUCCAGGCUUUGGUGGCCAAAGAGCAGUCCAGGUGUAUGGAAGUGGCUGUCCCCUCCUCUCCAGCCCCUGCCCACCCACUGGUGGAGGUGCUAACUAGCAGGGACGUGGCAUAGGAUGGGAGCUGGACGGGAGGUGCUGGGGUCCAUUUUUCGUCCCUCAGCUUCUCCGAAUCUGGCCGGCCGGCCCCUAUGUUCCCGUGCCCCCCACCGCAGUGAGGAGUAGUCCAGGGUGGGGCCUGGCCUCCCCGCCUUGAUUGGGCAUUCAGGAGGUGAGGCCUGGGGCUUCCUGCCCACGCCAUGCCCACCUGCCUGCCCCUGGGCAGCACGGGAGAGCAGGGCAAGCACGUUUGUUGGUUUCAGAUGCACUUUCUGCUUGCAAUGCCAUGUCUGUGCAUUCCUUCAUCCUGGUCCUGGCUUUAUGGAACACCAUGUUUUUAGCAUGUUUUUAAAUAACCAAUAAAGUGUCAAAAGCA